UCAUUAUUAUUAUCUUCAACAAACAAACAUUGUGACACACACACCCACACACUCAGAAAAUGAUGAUUACUAUUACGCCUCUUCAAAUUCAAUCUUCUUUACAAAACCAAAACGUUUCUCUUUCACUUUCUUAUUCUCAUACUCUUUCCCCCUUCAAACAAAGGGUCAAUGUCUUUUACACUGACAGUGGAAUUGGAGGUGGAGCAAGAGUUUCUGUCACUUGUUCAAUCUCAAAGAUUCACAAUUAUGGUACACUUGAUUAUGAGAGAAAACCCAAUUUGAAAUGGAAUGCUAUAUACAAGAGGAUUUCAAUGAUGGAGAAUCCUGAAUUGGGUUCUGCUUCUGUGUUGAAUCAAUGGGAGAAUGAAGGCAGGAAUCUCACCAAAUGGGAACUUUGUAGAGUUGUUAAAGAGUUGAGAAAGUACAGAAGACAUGACAGAGCUCUUCAGGUAUAUGAUUGGAUGAACAAUAGACCAGAGAGGUUUAGAAUAUCUGCAAGUGAUGUUGCGAUUCAGUUAGAUCUAAUCGCAAGAGUUCACGGAGUUUCUAGUGCAGAAAGUUUUUUUCUGAACCUAACCAAUGAUUUAAAAGACAAGAGAACAUAUGGUGCCCUCUUGAAUGCAUAUGUUCAUUCUAGAUCAAGAGAAAAGGCAGAAUCUUUACUCGAAGUAAUGAGGAGUAAAAGGUACUUAACACAUUCACUACCGUUUAAUUUAAUGAUGACUCUGUCCAUGAACCUUAAGGAUUAUGAUAAAGUCGAUAUGUUGGUUUCAGAAAUGAAAGAAAAGAACAUACAGCUAGAUAUAUAUACAUAUAAUAUCUGGUUGUCCUCUUGUGGAUCUCAAGGAUCAAUAGAGAAGAUGGAACAAGUUUUUGAACAGAUGUUAAAGGAUCCUACCAUUAUUCCUAAUUGGAGUACAUUUAGUACAAUGGCUGCAAUGUAUAUUAAGAUGGAACUGUUUGAAAAAGCACAAGAGUGCUUAAAAAAGGCCGAGGGUAGAAUACUAGGUCGAGAUAAAGUACCUUUUCAUUAUCUCCUGAGUUUGUAUGGAAGUGUUGGAAACAAGGACGAAGUUUACCGCGUGUGGAAUAACUAUAAAUCAAUGUUUCCAAGUAUACCUAAUUUGGGAUACCAUGCUGUUAUUUCUUCUUUCGUAAGAAUGGACGAUAUUGAGCGGGCAGAAAAGCUUUACGAGGAAUGGGUUUCUGUAAGGCCGUCUGAUGAUUCUAGAAUAGGAAACCUUCUCAUAAGCUGGUAUCUUAAGAAAGGUAAAUCAGAUAAAGUUUUUAGUUUCUUUAAGCAUAUGAGUGAAGGUGGUGGAUGUCCAAAUUCGACUACAUGGGAGCUUCUUUCUGAGGGUCAUAUUGCUGAAAAGAGGGUUUCUGAGGCGCUUUCGUGCUUGGAAAAAGCUUUUAUGACAAGUGAUUCAAAGAGUUGGAAACCCAAGCCAAUAAAAUUGGCUGCAUUCCUUAAGCUUUGUCAAGACGAAGACGACAUGGAGAGCGCCGAGGUUUUAAUUGAGUUGUUGAGGAAGUCAGGAUACCAUAACGAUGAAGCAUAUGCCGCAAUCAUUAGCAAAGAUGAACCGUCAAACAGGACUGAAAGAAUUGAUGAUGUUGACAGUGAAAACAUGGAUGAUGAUGACUCUCAAGUGUUGUUCAGCCAAGUAGAUAGUAGCUUUUGAUGCCUAUGUAGCACCUACACUUCAAAUUGAAGGUGUGUGUGGUGUCUAACAUGUGUCGGUGUCCAACAUUGACAUUACACCAACACAUGUUAUUACAUUCAAUCACUUUCGCUUGUUUACAUUAUUAUCAGUCUCUACACGUCAGUGUCAAUAUCGAGUCUGUCCUCGAUGUGUGUGUGUGUGUAUGGGUGUUUCAUAGUUUGAUAUUUCAAAUUUUGUUUUGACUUGUGGAAAAUGAGUUGAUAGAACAUAGGGGGAAAUAUUGUAAUAUUCUUUUUCUCAAGCUUUUAUGGCUUAUCACAACAGUUAUGUACGGCUAGGUUCUUAUGCUAGGUUAGGACAUGGACUGAUGUUUUGCUCUAAUAGGAAUUGACUCUUCUGAUGCAUGUGAUAUGAGGCCAUCCUUGUGUAUGUUUUCUAUGACUUGUGUCUUUAAAUUUGGACUGAAGUAGUGUUACAUGGAUGAUAGUUUGGAA